UGCCAUCAACACCAGAGGCUAGGAAAGAGGAGCAGUACUGUACAGACGCUAAUGGUAAAAAAAAGAAAGUAGCAGACCCCCGCACACCAAAACCCAGAUUUCCCCCGUCUCCCUCAUUUUCCCAGACUCCCUCAGUGUUUUUCUCAGAGAUAAGAGAGAUUCUCUCUCUCUCUCUCUCUCUCUCUCUCUCUAACUGUAAGUACGAGAAUCGGAGGAUACUCUAGCGUCAAAGCUGUGCGUGUUGUGCUGUAUUCAGCUAUGGAAGACAUGCGUUAACAGUUGAAUCCAAGGAUACUCUAGCGUCAAAGCUGUGCGUGUUGUGCCGUAUUCAGCUAUGGAAGAUAUGCGUUAACAGUUGUUCUUUCAUCUUUCACAUGCUGUUUGGUUCGCAUCCGAUUAUGCACAAAUACUAGUGUCGAUUUAAUUUUCUUGAGAUUGAAUACUGGUGUCCGAAUAGAAGAAUGAAUCACUAUGUUCCCGAUUUCGAAAUGGACGAUGACUACUCUAUCGCCACUACUUCUUCAGCCCUAGCUCGUCCGAAGAGAUCAGCCAUGCCUGAGGACGAGAUCAUGGAACUGUUAUGGCAAAACGGCCAAGUUGUUAUGCAGAACCAAACACAGAAGUCUCUCAAGAAAUCUCAACCGUCCAAAUUUGGCGAUGCGGUGAUCCCCGCCGAGCCUUCGACGGCACGUGAGAACCGACCCCCGCAAGAAGAACAGCAACAACACCACCUAUUUAUGCAAGAGGACGAGAUGGCCGCUUGGCUUCAUUAUCCUCUCCAUGAUUCGAAUUUCGACCAAGAUUUCUGCACGGAUCUCCUCUAUCCUUCCCCUUGCGUCACCAGCUCUGCCAAUACUACGCCCGUCGCCGUAGGCACAAAUCAGAAUCCAGAGCCCAGGCCGGAGCAGAUGGCGACUGCUGCACCGCAGAGGCCGCCUGUACCACCUCCACGUAGGGCUGAGGUGCAGAAUUUUUCUCUCUUCUCGAGGCAUAAUCGGCCGAGGGCAGUGGAAUCGCCGGGACCGUCCAGUUCAAAGCAAACCGUUUUGAGGGAGACAGCGAUAGUGGACUCUAGCGAUGCACCUGCGGCGAGCCACCAACUUACGGCACCCGAGGUGGCAAGGAGUACGGUAGACGCGUUGGACGCUAACUAUAGGGGCGAGUUCAUGAGCCUCGCCAAACCGGCGGCAUAUCCCUCUGCUUCUGGCGGUGGAAAUACCGACACUAGAGACAAGAUUUUAACGUGUGCUGAUAUCACCCUAACGUCGUCUCCUAGUGGCUCAACCGCCAGUGCCGAUUUACCCCCUCUUAAGUCGGCGGCGGCGGAGGACCGGAAGCGGAAGGGCAGAGAAGGCGAAGAGGCUGAAUGCGGUGAAAGCGAGGAUGCUGAGUUUGAAUCUGUUCAUGGAAAGAAGCAAGCUCGUGGAUCAACUUCUACAAAGCGAUCUCGUGCUGGAUCUCGUGCUGCAGAAGUUCACAACCUUUCAGAAAGGAGACGUCGAGACAGGAUAAAUGAAAAGAUGAGGGCUUUGCAAGAACUCAUACCACGUUGCAACAAGUCGGACAAGGCUUCCAUGUUGGAUGAGGCAAUUGAGUACUUAAAAUCUCUCCAGUUGCAAGUGCAGAUGAUGUCCAUGGGUUGUGGCAUGGUUCCGAUGAUAUUUCCGGGUGUCCAGCAGUACAUGCCGCCGAUGGGGAUGGCUAUGGGGAUGGGGAUGGGCAUCAACCGACCGUUGAUGCCAUUUCCUGGUGUUUUAGCUGGUUCCUCCUUUCCAACACCAGCUGCAGCAGCUCAUUUGGGUCCAAGGUUCCCCAUGCCAGCCUUUCAUAUGGCUCCUGUCCCUACUCCUGAUCCAUCCAGAGUUCAAACAGCCAAUCCCUCGGACCCUAAUCCUAUGCUAAACCCACUAGGCACACAGCAUAUGAAUACACCACAGAUUCCUAACUUUUCCGAUCCUUAUCAACAGUACCUUGGUCUCCAACAGAUGCAAUUACCUGUACCACAGAAUCAACCAAUGGCAGAACCAAGCACCAGCAAGCCAAGCACAAGCAAGGGAGGUGAAAACCUUGAAGGUCGCCAAUCAGGGACGUGAAACAUGGAUUGUGGAACCCCAAGCUUCUCAACAUCUGCAAGUUCCAGCAUUCUGUUGUAUAGGGAGAGGCCUCUCUCUUCUAUAAUGCUCUCGAACCUUGCUGUCUCUACACUUUGGAGGAUGGAUCCUUAUCCAAUCAAGAUGACUAUUUAGCUAAUGAUACGUAGCGCUAAUGAUGGAGCUUCCAGUGCAAUGAAGGUAGAAGUUUUGGGCUGAUUGCCAAGUGAGGGUGAAGUUUUGUAGUGCAAGAGAUCUACAUUCUACAGCGGCUUCUCAAUACAAAAUAUUAACACAGCUAACAUGUAAUUAUUAUAACCCCCCCAUAGAGAGAGAUGUAGCGUUUUUAUAUAAUUUAUUUUUCUUUCUCAUUUAUUGUUUUAUUUAUUAAUUUUCUGUUUAUGCUUUAAAGGUUGGAAUUUUAUUAGGAACCAACAAAUAAUGUGAAUAACCUAAGUAUGGCACCUUUUGGACUGUA